CCGCCCGUUCUACUCCCCGCUCUCCCCGUUUGAAGUGGCUUCAGUGCAAAGGUCUGAACGCGGAGAGAGACGAAGUGAACGUGCACACUGCCCCGUUCAGAGAGGACAGCAUGGAGCAGAUUCUGACGCUGCCGGUGGUGAUUGGACUGUUAGCAGUGUUAGCCACUGCACUCUUCUUCCUCCUGAAAUCAGGAUCCUCCAGCGGGAGAAAGAAACAGAGCAAAUUCCCCAGAACCCUGCAGGACACUACUGUUAAAUACCCGCUGCCACUCGUGGAGAAGGAGGAAAUUACGCAUGACACUAAGAGAUUCCGCUUCGGCCUCCCCUCCUCUGCUCAUGUGCUUGGUCUUCCAGUCGGUCAGCAUGUGUACCUGUCUGCUAAAGUCAAUGGGAAUUUAGUGAUCCGGGCCUACACGCCAGUCUCCAGUGACGAGGACCAGGGCUUUGUGGAACUAGUAGUGAAAGUCUAUUUCAAAAACACCCACCCAAACUACCCUGAGGGCGGCAAGAUGUCCCAGUACCUGAACGACAUGAAGAUUGGCGACACCAUUGACUUCCGAGGGCCAAACGGCCUGCUGGUGUACAACGGAAACGGUCAGUUUGCUAUUCGGCCUGAUAAAAAGUCCGAUGCCAGGGUGCGGAAGUUCAGACACGUGGGCAUGAUCGCAGGUGGCACAGGCGUUACACCAAUGUUGCAGCUCAUCCGCUGUAUAACAGCAGAUCCUACAGAUAACACCAAGUGCUCCCUUAUUUUCGCUAACCAGACCGAGAAGGAUAUUUUGCUAAGGAAGGAGCUCGAUGAGGUUCUGAAGAACCACCCUGAUAAACUCAACCUGUGGUACACACUGGACAAACCACCACAAGGCUGGAAAUACAGCACAGGAUUCGUUGACGCCGCAAUGAUAAAAGAGCACCUUCCCCCUCCAGCCAAUGACGUGCUGAUUGUGCUGUGUGGCCCGCCCCCCAUGAUCCAGAACGCCUGCCUGCCUAACCUCACUAAGCUGGGCUACAAAGAAGAAAACAUUUUUGCAUACUAAGACCAUCAGAUGUGUUCAUAUAAAGCACAAAUGUAAUGUGUAGUAAUUUAGCUAAAUUCAGUGUUCAGAGUAGAAUGUACUGUGUUGGAGAUCUUAUUGUUGAUAUUGUUGAGCACACGCACUGAAAUGAAAACAUUUGGUGUAAUUACGUUGGCUUGACAGAGCCAAUUAACUUUGCUUUGUUUUAUUAUUCUACAUUUUUUAACUGUUUUCAAGGGCUGCAGUUUUUACACAGCAUUCGUUCAAACACGUUUUUUUCCCAUCAGAAAUAAAUGGAGCGUUGAGAAAGCUGAAA